CCACAAGACGGCGCUAAAGCGGCCGUUAAACACUGACAGAAGAAGACGGCGUCAGCGGAUUGGCGCAAACUUUGGCGGACUCGGUGGGAUGGUUUUUAUUCUCAUUUUAUUUCAGUCCAGUUUCACAGCGCGACCCGACCGAACCUCCUGUUGUCAACAUGUCUUUAACAAAUGGCCAGAGUGUGAGCAAGGAGACGUGGGACUCCCACAACAAGAUGAUGCUGGAGCCUUUGGCCAUCAACGACUCUGAGGUCUUUUCAAUCAUUAAGAAGGAGAAACACAGGCAGACGUACGGUCUGGAGCUGAUAGCAUCUGAGAAUUUUGCCAGCAGAGCAGUUCUCGAGGCUCUGGGUUCCUGUAUGAACAACAAGUACUCUGAGGGAUACCCGGGUCAGAGAUACUACGGUGGUACGGAACACGUCGACGAACUGGAGAGACUGUGUCAGAAGAGGGCGCUGGAGGCGUACGGCCUGGACUCGGAGCAGUGGGGCGUCAACGUGCAGCCCUACUCUGGUUCUCCUGCCAACUUUGCCGUCUACACGGCUGUGGUGGAGCCCCACGGACGGAUCAUGGGCCUGGACCUUCCUGACGGAGGUCACCUCACACACGGCUUCAUGACUGACAAGAAGAAAAUCUCAGCGACGUCCAUCUUCUUUGAGUCCAUGCCCUAUAAGGUGAAUCCAGAAACCGGCUACAUCGACUAUGACAGACUACAAGAAAAUGCUCGACUGUUCCAUCCUAAACUCAUCAUUGCAGGAACAAGCUGCUAUUCUCGCAACCUGGACUACGGCCGCUUGAAGCAGAUCGCUGUGGAGAACGGUGCGUACCUGAUGGGAGACAUGGCUCACAUCAGCGGCCUGGUGGCUGCUGGAGUCGUGCCCUCGCCCUUUGAGCACUGCGACAUCGUUUCCACCACAACACACAAGACGCUGCGAGGCUGCCGUGCUGGAGUCAUCUUCUACAGGAAAGGCGUUCGGAGUGUGGAUGCGAAGGGGAAGGAGACUCUGUACAACCUGAAGUCUUUGAUCGAUCAGGCUGUGUUUCCAGGACUGCAGGGGGGACCACACAACCAUGCUAUCGCAGGUGUUGCUGUAGCUCUUAAACAAGCCAUGACGCCAGAGUUCAAAGCCUACCAGACGCAGGUCCUGGCCAACUGCAGAGCUCUGUCCAGCGCUCUGACUGACUACGGCUACAAGAUCGUCACAGGCGGCUCUGACAACCAUCUGAUCCUUCUGGACCUGCGCAGCAAAGGAACGGACGGAGGCCGAGCAGAGAAGGUUCUGGAGGCUUGUGCCAUUGCUUGUAAUAAGAACACCUGUCCAGGAGAUAAGAGCGCUCUGCGCCCCAGCGGACUGAGGCUCGGUUCCCCAGCUCUGACUUCAAGGGGCUUAAUGCAGGAGGACUUCAAGAAGGUGGCGGAGUUCAUCCACAGAGGUAUCAACCUGACCUUGGAGAUCCAGCAGAGCCUGGAUCCUAAGGCCCUGCUCAAGGACUUCCUCCAGGCUCUGUCCCAGGGAGAGAAGUUCCAGCAGCGGGUAGCGGAGAUCAGGGCUGAGGUGGAGGCGUUCGCUGGUCAGUUCCCGAUGCCUGGUCUGCCAGAGCUGUAGAGAGCAGCCGCUCAGACGCCCAAGGCUGCUGAACUGACGAGUAAACAAAUACCUGAUCAAUUCUGUCUGUGGAUUUGAGUGGAUCAAAUGGUGACAAAUCUGUCACUGUUUAUACUAAGACAGUUUGAUUUGUGUGUGAUUAUGUUAUUCAGUACUGUUACUCUGCCUCUGCUGUUUUCCACUGUUACUUUGACCUGAGGUUACAAUAAUCUGUAAGCUUUAAUCUUUCCAGAAAUCCUCAUUACUUGUUUUUUAUGUUCAUGAAUAUAAAGUUUUCUGACUGACAGUUUGCAACAUUGAUGCAUUAAAUUAUGUCUGACUCUACAUCUUCAUUCAGCUUGAAGGCAAACUGGUGCUAGAGCCCUUAAAAACCAAAACUAUUAAAAUGUAAAUGAAGUAAAAAUAAAACCAAGAUGAUUAAUCAUA